AUGAACCCCUCUCGCCAAGUUGAUCUGUCUUUACUACCAUUCCCCAGAUCCGCGCGCUCCACCCCCCGGAGCUGGCUGUCCGGCGUGCAGUGUGCAGGGACGGAAACCUCCAUCCUGGCGUGCCCGAACUCCGGCUGGCAGCUGGCACCGUGUGACGGCGCGGGGGUCAUCUGCAUCGACACCGUCGUCCCGGCAACCACCGCGUCAUCACCCAUCACGGACAGCAACAACCCUGCAUCAUCACCUGCUGUUACCAUGGCAACCCCUCCGGCGUCAACGCCCGACAGCUGUGACCAAGCGCCAAACACACCUGUCACGUACGGCACAGGUGUUCUGGUGGGGACCGCGGUGGCGAUGCUCGUGUGCGGCGCAGUCAUCGGGAAUGGAGUCGGGUUCUUAGUGAGGAGGCGGCUGCCGCAGCUGAUGUAGCAAACUCUGUGGCAGGUCCACUGUUGGGGUUACAGACACCUGUUCUGCACACCUACACAGGUGCAAACUCACCUGCACUAGACAGGUUCUACCUGCACAACUCUGAUGGAAGAGGUCCUGGAGAUUUUAGGAACUAUGACUGAACUUAUUAAAUAUUUAGAUAUGGGGCAAAUCAUGUUUGUAUG